AACGGCUGAGUGGGGGCUGAGACCAGUCAGCGUCGCAUUACAUACCAGCCCAAUCCGAUCAGGCUCUCACCCCGUGGACGCUAGCCUCUUAUGAUCAUUGAUAAGCAAACCCCAAGAUUCCGGGAACCUCUCAACACUCUGGUUCCUCAACUGAAGGGCAAAUGUAGCCGCAGAUAUGGCAGACCCAUUUGGCUCGAGCCGACCUUUGUGGCAUCCCUCUCUCCCCGUCCGUGACCAUUAUAAACUGCCGCCCGACGUGUUCUAUCCACUGCUGGAAGACUUCCUCCAAGAUGAGAGAUAUACCAAGUGGGCCGCAGGCUACAAACCAUGGAAGCUACAUUGUUUCGGUAGUCCUGGAUGUGGGAAGACCACGUUUGCAGCCAUGGCGGUUGAGAAACUACGGAAAAGAUAUCAAGGCACAGAUGUCCGUCUUGCGUCCAUUUUCAUACAAGACCCUGUCUUUCAUGACCAUACCGCGUUCAUCGAAGACCUGUUGGCGUGUGUGUACUCGCAGCUUGCUGUGGUGCCUGAUCUUGGGAAUUAUACUCCUACGCUGCCUCACGAUUACAUUGAAGCCUGUAGCAACGGCUUGCCAUUCUUGGAUAGGGUCGAAAUCAUUCGGAGAGAGUUGCAUAGCUUACUUCGGGUUAACCAACAUAACUUUCUCGUGCUUGACGGUUUCGAUAACUUGGACGCUGCGGCACGAUUCCUCUUGGACCACGAGCUGAAGCACCUGCGCAAUCUAUCGUUGCUAGUCACUCGCCGGUUUCCCGCAUCUCGAAUGCCAAAAGAAGAUGUUAUAUGUGACCACUGUCUGAAAACAGACCUCCUCCUCUACUGGGAAUGCCAGGAUUGCUCCGAGGAUGAAACUCCUCAAUACUGCAAUGACUGCCACGAAGCAUCCGUUCCUUGCCAGAGAGGUCAUUCGUUGAAUUUUGCAGAGCCUUACAGCCGUGUUGACAUGGACAUCAGCAUGCCUUACAUGCGCAUCCAAUCAUAUGUGGAAAAAACUUCUGGAACAGCUCUGGAUCGGUAUAUUGAGCGUGAGGUCUGCAAUCGAUUCGGGCUUACCGAAAACACUGAUAUAUCUGCGCCAGAGUAUGUCAUCGAUGUUGCUGGCUCUAUCAGUGAAAAGUCCAGGGGCAAUAUCAACAUAGCUAAGCUUCGCCUCGACGAACUGUACGCCGAAGAGACAGCAGCAGGGAGCACCAAAGUCAGCGACAGACUGCCUCGCAGCAUCAUAGCCUAUUUUGACUCCGAGAUUGCACGCUUGGGGGACCAAAGCUCUUCAAUGCGUAACCUCGCUUUGGCUGCCAUAGCUGCGGUAGCUGAGUACGGGGAUGGGAGAGGCAUUUCCGUUGAGGAACUCGAGCAACGGACGCGCACAGUAAGGGCCAAUCAUCCCAUUCGUAGUUUGGAGGACAUUCUGUGCGCGGCGAAUGGUCUACUUGCAAUGCAACCAUAUGAUCCUCAGAUCUUCGUGGCCUGCUAUACACUAGAUUUCCUAUACUAUACCCAGGAAAACUACAACGAGGCCCUUUAUAGAGCCAAGGCGAGCGUGGAUGGGCCCGCGUUUCCUGAGGACGGCGAUGCGACAGGGCUAGAAGAGUUGGAACGGAGCAUGGCCGGAAUGACCUGUUCGCCAAACAUUUCUGGUGGCGCUUUUGGAUCGAUAAAGCAGGAGAGUGGGGGACUCAGGUCUGGAAUUGACAGCGGGUAUGGCUCUGCGAGCUCUUCGCGGCAAACCACUACGAACAGCGAUUUUCCAACGUUGAGCACCCUGAACCCUGACGGUGUUUCUGGCCGUAUUGGCAUCGACCUUGAAGCUUCACGCCGCAGCGAGGAUGCCAAAGUGCUUGACGGGCCGUCAGAUGAUGAAAAAGUAGUGGAAUAUGCGGGAUCUCUGAACAUCAGGGUAUGCCCCUUUUGCGAUGAGCAAAUCUUGCGCAGCGAAGCACUCCAGGGACCUCACCACAUAUCGUUCGAUUCGCUGAGAGGAAGUGUCCGAAGUCGCUGCGCAUUCUGCUCUGACCUGUACCGCGGCAUUCUGUCUCCAAGUGGAAAAUCUUCUACCGUCCAAGACGACAACAGAUGGCCUCAAUACUAUUGGAAUGUCCGUACUACUGGAAGAACAGACAAUGGCAAAGCCUUCAUGACGGUUAUCUUCCGAGCCACUGAGGGCAAUAGCCGUACUCAGCAACAACUUAAAGUCAAGACAUAUCAUCUUCUCAUCGAGAAAGCAAUUGGUAGUAUCCCAACUGCAGCAACGUUAGGGCCUUCAACGAAUCCCAAUAUAUCUGGCGGAGCCCAACUCAAAAGGUGGAUAUAUACCUGCAAUAAUUCUCAUCCACAUUGCUACAAGCACCGCAGCGGUGCGUUCGUUCCCAGCCGUCUUGUGGAUCUCCGUAGCGGGGACAUGAUUCGCGUUGUAGAUACACGGGUAUCCGGAUUACGGACUUCCUAUGGAACGUUGUCGCAUUCAUGGGGUCCCCCGAACUUCCUCAUUCUUACUCAACGGAAUAAAUUCCAGCUCAUGGGCCCUGGCGUCCGGAUUGAUGAACUCUCCAUCAAUUUCCAGCAAGCCAUUGCGGUGGCGAGGUUCAUUGGCUUGGACUACAUCUGGAUUGACAGUUUGUGCAUCAUUCAAGGACCUGAUGGAACCUUCCGGGAGGACGGGAUGCUCAUGCACCAGGUUUAUCGUUGCAGCUUUUGCAACAUAGCCAUCGCAGACUCGGCGGAUAGCAAGGGUGGCAUUUUCCGCGACAGAAAUCCCAACGAUGUCCUGCCAGCCUCAUAUGUGUCCGACGGUAAGGGCAAGCUUGACAAAGGAACAUGGAGGAUACUUAGUGCGGAUUUCUGGAAAGAAGAACUGCUGGGUACGAAACUCUACACACGCGGAUGGGUCUUCCAAGAACGUAUGCUCUCACCAAGAAUUUUACACUUCGCCGCCAAUCAGAUCUUCUGGGACUGCAGUACACUUAGCGCCUGUGAGGUCCUGCCCGAGGGGCUUCCGCAUUCCCUUGAUGGACUCGCAUCAACUGAUCGCCACUGGCGAGGCCGUAUCCAAGCCUCAACUUUGUCGACAUCUCUGGAGUCUGGCUCUGAAAAUGAAGAUCCCGCAGCACUCACAGGAUCUAAUGAUGCUUCGUUGGAGACCUUCUGGCAAACUGCGCUUCAGAACUACACAUCCUGCGCCCUAACAAACCAAGGCGAUAAGACCGUCGCAGUAUGGAGUAUCGCAAAAAUCGUUCGAGAUGUUCUAAAAGAAGAAUAUGCUGGUGGCAUGUGGGAGUUUGCCCUGGAGGAGCAAUUAGCCUGGCGUCUGAGGGAUAGUGGGACUGCCAAUACCAGGAUACCGGAGCUGCAGGCUCGAAACCCGAGCUGGACUUGGGCGAGCGUAAAGGGUACAGUUGUUCCUCACGAGAGAGUGGUACCGCCAAGGUGUUACACAGUCACAGGCUUGAAUGGUCAGGAAAGUGUCAAGCUGAGAGUGAAAGAAUAUGCCGACAAAGACAGUGAGCCACAGUUGGCGAGCGGAACAUUGGAAAUGGCAGGAUAUAUGGGCACGGCGCGCCUGAAGCCGUCACGUUCAGAGUCUAAAGAUCAUGAACUCGAACUCGUGACACGAGACGGCAGAAAAUACAAAGUGGGUGGAUUAUUCGACGUUCAUCUCGACGAGGUUUCCAGCGAGGAUGACGGGCCCACUCUGGAAAUGGAGUUCAUCUUGCUGGCGGCAAGCUGUAUAUCCGAGUCUGGCAUGCCAGUGGACGACAAUGACGAAAAGGAGUACGAAGACGAGGACAUCAAUCAGAGAACAUACACCGGAACGGCAUUGCUUCUCGUAUCGCACAAGGAAUAUGCUUCACGGCAAUACGCAAAGUACCGCGCCCUGCUCAAAGAGGUUGUAGCUCGCUCGCCAAACUACCUCAUUCCAGAUCCCCCUUAUGGAACUGGCAAAUCAUUGGUUGAGCAAACGGAGGAUAUAAGAAAGCUUGUUGAAGUACUCACGUCGACUGAGAAGCGGGAGGUUGAGGGGGGUUUGGGUCUUGAUAGGUGCUACAGGAGAGCAGGGGUUUUUAUAUUCCAGGGUAUGAAGCGGGAUAUGUGGAAGUCCAUCAAGGCCGGUGGAAGGACUGGAAUUCGGCUUGGCUGAUAGCUAGGUGCUGUAUCCACAGAAUCCUUCCCUUGAACGGGUGGGUCUUACCCAUAUGCUGCUGCACGGGUGUACUUUCCGAGUAUAUAUUAGUGACUGGUGCGUCUCUAUAACUGUUAUGCGGAACGCUAGUUAUCAAGGGGCGCAACGGGGUACUUUCGUAGGUGCAUUAUAUAUUGUUGCAGUAGAAUAGACGUGAGUGUUUGAUCGUACUGUCAGCUUUGACAAACACAAGUCCG